AGCACAUUCUCCUGUCUCUGAUUGGACAAACUGGAAGACUUGUUUGCUUCUCAGCAGUCUGGAGGACACAAGCUCGGGGUUCUGGUUCUGGAGUGAUCCAUAAUCUCUGCACUGCUUCAAAGCUCCAUGUGUGUGAGCUGAUGUGAACUGAGCAGCAUGGAUCAGUGUGAGGACAGAGAGGACAGAGUCCCUCCCUCUAAAACCACUCUGUGUGGAGAACAUGAGGACCAGAGCAAAGUUCAGAGGAAACGAUCAGAACCAGAACCUGGACCUGGACCCAGCUGUGUGUCCUUAAAGAGCAACAGGUCAAAGGAUAUGGGUAUUGAUUUUAAAUCAGAUCAACAUUCAGCUGUAAACAGGAUCCAACAGACCCUCAAACCAGAACCAGAACCAGAACCCAGCUGUGUGUCCUUAAAGAGCGAUGAUUCAAAGGAUCUUGGUUUUAAUUUUAAAUCAGAUCAACCUUCAGCUGCAAAGAGAGUGGACCAGCAGAACUCAGAGGUUCCCAGUGGUCCGUCUGCCCAGCAGCAUCAAACACAGCUGUACUCCAUAUUUAUGCUGCUGGAGGACAACAUUGUUACUUUUGUGAAGAACGAGCUGAAGAAGAUCCAGAAGGUUCUGAGUCCAGAUUACCCAGAAGGCUUAGAGAGUCAGUGGGGGGAUGAGGAGGUGUUGGAAGGUGAGGAUGAAGAGAAGAGGAGGAGCAACAGAGAGGCUUUUGUGAAGAUCACACUGAACUUCCUGAAGAAGAUGAAGCAGGAGGAGCUGGCUGAACAUCUGCAGAGCAGACUUUUUUCCUCAGUUUGCAAACAUGAACUAAAAUCUGGUCUGAAGAAGAGGUUCCAGUGUGUGUUUGAGGGGAUCGCUAAAGCAGGAAGUCAACCACUUCUGAACCAGAUCUACACAGAGCUCUACAUCACAGAGGGAGGGACUGGAGAGGUCAAUGAUGAACAUGAGGUCAGACAGAUUGAAACAGCAUCCAGGAAACCACACAGACCAGAAACAACCAUCAGACAAGAAGACAUCUUUAAAGUCCCACCUGGAAGAGAUCAACCAAUCAGAACAGUGAUGACAAAGGGAGUGGCUGGCAUUGGGAAAACAGUCUUAACCCAGAAGUUCACUCUGGACUGGGCUGAAGACAAAGCCCACCAGAACAUCCAGUUCAUAUUUCCAUUCACCUUCAGAGAGCUGAAUGUGCUGAAAGAGAAAAAGUUCAGCUUGGUGGACCUUGUUCAUCACUUCUUUACUGAAACCAAAGAAAUCUGCAGCUUUGAACACUUCCAGGUUCUGUUCAUCUUUGAUGGUCUGGAUGAGAGUCGACUUCCUCUGGACUUCCACAACAAGGAGAUCCUGACUGAUGUUACAGAGUCCACCUCAGUGGAUGUUCUGCUGACAAACCUCAUCAGUGGUAAACUGCUUCCCUCUGCUCUCCUCUGGAUAACCACACGACCUGCAGCCGCCAAUCAGAUCCCUCCUGAGUGUGUUGGCAUGGUGACAGAGGUCAGAGGGUUCACUGACCCACAGAAGGAGGAGUACUUCAGGAAGAGAUUCAGAGAUGAGGAGCAGGCCAGCAGGAUCAUCUCCCACAUGAAGACGUCAAGAAGCCUCCACAUCAUGUACCACAUCCCAGUCUUCUGCUGGAUCACUGCUAUGGUUCUGGAGGAUGUGUUGGAGACCAGAGAGGGAGGAGAGUUGCCCAACACCCUGACUGAGAUGUUAAUCCACUUCCUGGUGGUUCAGACCAAAGUGAAGAAGGUCAAGUAUGAUGGAGGAUCUGAGACAGAUCCACUCUGGAGUCCAGAGAGCAGGACGAUGAUUGAGUCUCUGGGAAAACUGGCUUUUGAUCAGCUGCAGAAAGGAAACCUGAUCUUCUAUGAAUCAGACCUGACAGAGUGUGGCAUCGAUAUCAGAGCAGCCUCAGUGUACUCAGGAGUGUUCACACAGAUCUUUAGAGAGGAGAGAGGACUGUACCAGGACAAGGUGUUCUGCUUCGUCCAUCUGAGUGUUCAGGAGUUUCUGGCUGCUCUUCAUGUCCAUCAUACCUUCAUCAAGGAUGGAGUUAAUCUGAUGGAAGACCAGAAAAAUAUUUCUGUUUGGUCUAAAUUAUCUAAGAAACCAAAACUAAAAUAUCUCCAUCAGAGAGCUGUGGACGAGGCCUUACAGAGUCCAAAUGGACACCUGGACUUGUUCCUCCGCUUCCUCCUGUGUCUUUCAGUAGAGACCAAUCAGACUCUCCUGCAAGGUUUGCUGACAAAGACAGGAAGUAGCUCACAGACCAAUGAGGGAACAGUUCAGUACAUCAAGAAGAAGAUCAAUGAGAACCUGUCUGCAGAGAAAACCAUCAGCCUGUUCUACUGUCUGAAUGAAUUGAAUGAUCGUUCUCUGGUCCAGGAGAUCCAACAGUCUCUGAGUUCAGGAGGUCUCUCCACAGAUAAACUGUCUCCUGCUCAGUGGUCAGCUCUGGUCUUCAUCUUACUGUCAUCAGGAGAAGAUCUGGAUGUGUUUGACCUGGAGAAAUACUCUGCUUCAGAGGAGGCUCUUCUCAGGCUGCUGCCAGUGGUCAAAGCUUCAAACAAAGUUCUAUUGAAGAACUGUAACCUCUCAGAGAGAAGCUGUAAAGUUCUGGCCUCAGUUCUCAGCUCCCAGUCCUCUAAUCUGAGAAAGAUGGACCUGAGUAACAACAAGCUGCAGGAUUCUGGAGUGGAGCUGCUGUCUUCUGGACUGAAGAGUCCAAACUGUAAACUGGAAACUCUCAGAUUGAAGAACUGUAACCUCUCAGAGAGAAGCUGUGAAGUUCUGGCCUCAGUUCUCAGCUCCCAGUCCUCUAAUCUGAGAGAGAUGGACCUGAGUAACAACAAGCUGCAGGAUUCUGGAGUGAAGCUGCUGUCUUCUGGACUGAAGAGUCCAAACUGUAAACUGGAAACUCUCAGAGGUGUGCUACAGCUGCAGAUCUUGAAGGAAUACACAACCUGCCGCCAAGUCCAUGACUCAUUGCCCUUGAAAAUCAAGAAGAUCUUUAAACUUACCUCUACGAUUGCACUUCUCUGCCAUGUCAACAACAACUAUUCGCCAUUCAUCACGAAGUCUAAAAGACUUAGAUCCUGUAACCUCUCAGGGAGAACUUGUGAAGUUCUGUCAUCAGUUCUUAGCUCCCAGUCCUGCUGUCUGAGAGAAGUUGACCUGCAGAACAACAACCUACAAGAUUCAGGGGAGAAGUUGCCGUCUGGUUCAGACUGUACACUGGAAAUAUUCAGGAAGCCUGAUGGAGUCCGAUGGUUGAAACCAGGUCUGAGGAAGUAUUCCUGUCAGCUCACAAUCGACACAAACACAGUGAACAGAAUCCUCCAACUGUCUGAAGACAACAGGAAGGUGACACGUGUGGAGGAGCUUCAGUCAUAUCCUGAUCAUCCAGACAGAUUUGAUUUCUGGUCUCAGCUACUGUGUAGUGAUGGUCUGACUGGUCGCUGUUACUGGGAGGUCGAGUGGAGAGGAAGAGUUGAAAUAUCAGUGAGUUACAGAAGAAUCAGGAGGAAAGGAGACAUUAAUGACUGUUUGUUUGGAUAUAAUGAUCAGUCCUGGAGUCUGAGAUGCUCUGGUCGUUACUCUGUCUGGCACAAUAAGAAGAAAACAUCAGUAUCCUCCCCCCCCUCCUCCUCCUCCAUCUCUAACAGAGUAGCAGUGUAUGUGGACUGUCCUGCUGGCAUUCUGUCCUUCUACAGAGUCUCCUCUGACUCACUGAUCCACCUCCACACCUUCAACACCACAUUCACUGAACCUCUUUAUCCUGGUUUCUGCAUCGGUUCUGGUUCCUCAAUGUUUCUGUGUUGAGUCUAAAGAGUCUCCUCCUGUCAGAGAAACACUCUCACUGUUGAACAGAUAGUUCAGUCUCUACAUGUCUGUCUCUUUCACUCAGAAACAUUUUCACAUUCAGUCAGUUUCUUUCUGAAACUCUUGGAAAAUAUUCCUUGUAAACUUCGUCCUCUUCCAGUCCUUUAAAGAUGGAAGCUGGGAUUAUUCCAGGAUCCAAAGGUUUGGUUCUGUUUCGAGUCAAAGCUUCAUUUAGGCUUUUUCCUCCAAUGUGCUUCCAGUGCUAUACCAAGACUGCUGCUGGAGUUGGUUCUUUACUGGUUGUUUACCAGGCUCUGGAUGUUUCUACUCCAGACUCAGUCCACUGCUUCCGCAGGUCCCCCAAGGUCUGGAAUCGGCCCUUCUCCACAAUCUUCCUCUGGGUCCGGUCACC